AUUCCAAUGGAUACAAACAAUAACACAAUAACUACAAAAUCCUCCCCAGCACCCAUUAAUUUCGCAAUUGCAUUGGCAGAAUUAAUGUUGGAUAUAUCAGCAUUAAUACCAAAUAUAUAUUUUAUUUUCAUUCUGUGGAGCAGACAAGAUCUUCAUAAUAAUUUACGUGUUCUCUUAGCCUCUUUUUCGAGUUGUUUGAUUUUGGUGGGUUAUUUAAAUAUUGAAUUAAAAUUUAAACUGAAAUAA